GAACGAAAACGUGCGCCAGAAAGUAUUCGUAUUCGCGCACAAAUGUUGUCAAAACCUCUAUCUGUUUUUAAAUAAUAACUACAGCAAUUAAUAGAUUUGUAUAUUUCCGUUACGAUAUAUUAUUAUGAUUGCCUUUAUUUCGAAUUUGGUUAUCAGACUGUUCGGCUCUGUGUACGUAUUAUACGCAGCAGUCUUUUUGUCGAUCGCCUACUAUUUUUCAACGUACACUCACGAUAAAUGGCGCAAAUUGAAUGUACCACACAUACCACCCUUACCACUCUUUGGCAAUUCAAUGAAAAUGAUCUUGACUUUGGAGCAUCCAAUAGACUUUUACUCUGGUGUUUACAACCGAUUCCCGGGCAAAAAGUUUUGUGGUUUAUAUCAAAUGACCACGCCGUUCCUGAUGAUCCGCGAUCCGGAACUGAUCAACGCCAUAAUGGUCAAAGAUUUCUCAUUUUUCACAGACCACGGUGUAGAUACUGAUCCGUCAACCAACAUCUUGGCUAACAGCCUGUUCAUGUUGAACGGCGAUCGGUGGAGAACGAUGCGACAGAAGCUCAGUCCCGGGUUCACCUCGGGCAAACUGAAGUGCAUGCAUGAACAAAUCAAGGGGUGCGUUGACCAACUUAUGAACGUCAUCGACGGUAAGUUGCAAACCUGCGAUCACUUUGAACUGCGAGAGAUGGUUAACAACUUCUCGACGGACGUGAUCGGUGCAUCGGCUUUCGGUCUGAAAUUGGACACGAUAAAAAAUGGAAAUACAGAAUUUCGCAAGUAUAGCAAGAAAAUAUUUCAGGCAAACUUAAAACAGCUCUUCAUCCAAGCUCUGCUACUGUUCUGGCCAAAGCUGGUUUUUACUCUAAAGCUGAAACAGAUCCCGGAGGACGCAUCUGAAUUUUAUAAAUCUAUGUUCAGGGAAGUCCUCGAGUACAGAGAGCAGAACAAUAUCAUCAGGAACGACUUCACGCAAACUCUAAUACAAGCUAGGAAAGAUUUGGUGUCAAAUAACAACGGAGACGAAUCAAAAUCCGAAAAUAAAUGGACCGAAAUGGACAUAAUCGGAAACGCUAUAUUGUUGUUUGUCGCUGGUUCCGAAACAGUUUCUACUUUGAUAUGCUUUUGUUUGUACGAGUUAGCGUUAAACAAAGACAUCCAAGACAGACUGCGCGAAGAGAUCGUGACGACAAAAGCGAAACACGGUGGACAGCUGUCCUACGACUUUUUAAAUGAUCUCCAUUACAUAAACAUGGUUUUAGAAGAAGUAUCGCGCUUAUACUCCAUCACCUUAAUUAUCUUCAGACAAGCAACUAAGAAUUACAAGGUACCUGGUCAGUCGUUAGUCAUUGAAAAAGGACAAAGGAUCGUCAUACCAAUAUACGCCAUACAUAAUGAUCCAAAAUAUUAUCCCAAUCCCGAUACUUUUGAUCCUGAAAGAUUUUCGGCGGAAGAAAAAUCUAAACGCCCCAAUGGCUCUUACAUACCGUUUGGCGAUGGACCAAGAUUGUGCAUAGGUAAACGAUUGGCGGAAUUAGAAAUUAAAUUUAUUCUAACGGAAAUAUUGCUGAAAUAUGAAGUCUUGCCGUGUGAAAAAACGGAAAUACCUAUCAACAUACGAGGUUCUGGAAGUCUCGUCAAUCCGAAAAACGGCGUUUGGUUAAGCUUUAAACCGAUCGUUACAAUUUAACAUAAGCAUAUUAUAUCAAUAAUAGGCAUAUUGAAAUAUCUCUUUUAACAAUAUUUUUUAAUACUAUAAUUAAAAUUACAAAGUACAAUACUAUUCAAUAUUGCAAGCGCACGUAUAAUUUUGUAUAUUAUCUAUUUUAUGAACAAUAAAAUCGUAUUACAACAAUUAA